CUUUUUGUUUGCGUCCAGUUUUAAAACACAUUCGAGUAAGAUCAGCAGGUGAACUUUUUUUUUAAAUAUUAAUAAUUAUUCUUAUAAUAAGAUAUUAUUCGUAGUCAUUAGUUAUUUACAUGGAUCUAUUUAUAGGUCAGCUAAGUAGCAAAAUAUUUUUAGUUUACAUAUUUUUACAUAUGAUUUGUAAUUUCAAACCAUGUACGAAUUUGGUCGUCUAACGAAUCCAGAGCAAGCUUUGCUAUCAUUCUUUAAGUAAAAUUGAUUAUUCCCAUAAAGCAUUUGUGACUAACUCUGAUGCUAAGUCUUUUACAUUUAGUCUGCAGCAAAUGAAUAGCAAGAUAUGUAAAGGCUGUUUUUAACGCUUCUUGCUAUUCUCGGGAAAAAUAGCAUCUCUAUUUAGAACCUAUGCACCGUCCCAGUCUACCAAGCAGUCAAAUUACGACAAUGAAGUCAGCACAGAUCAUCAACAGCACCGCAAAAACAGACUUUGCCAAACAUUUUUAUAUCUAGUCGUCCCUGCAUCACCCAGCGCUCUCCAUCUGUGUCGACUGCAAAUCGAAUAGUGAAGACAGUCGCGUACCGCCAAUCAUGUGAAGGACUCCUUUUUGUUUAUUGAUUUUAAUAAAAAGAGUUUCUGUGCAUUGUAACUAUUGCAAUCUACAACGCUAAGGAAACUGAUUCAAUUAUAUGAUCAUGCAUUUGUUAGAUUCGCAAAUGGUCACAUCAGCAUGCUCUUACCUGGUGGAAGCAAUGAAACCAUAAGAAGAAUUAUUGGGUAGCAGCUUUUUGACAUAUUGCUGUCAUUUCUGGAAUAACGUGUUCAAGUACAGUUUCGUCGGUCUUUUACAAUGUCGCUACAGCAGACAAUGAGGCGUAUCUGGCCUAUGUUGGGUCUUCGGACUCGUCAGACGUCAAGCAAAAUCGUCGUAGAAUUCGUUCGUCAUAUUCGAACAACGUCUCAAGAUAAGGCUGCUCACGAAAGAGCUAUCGAGAAUACCCGAAAUGAUUUGACGAGCUCAAGCGGCGCAAAAGCAACAGAAAGUAGAACAUAUGCUGAAUAUGCGCCUGGUUUAAAUGACUUCACAGGACGAAGUCAUACCUGCGGUCAGCUGGGUGCUAGCGAUGUGGGUAGCCGCGUGGUCCUUUGCGGAUGGGUUUCCUUCAAGAGGCUGUUUUUUCUUUUACUAAGGGACAGCUAUGGGGUUACACAGGUUGUAUUCGAUAAGGAUCUUCACAGCAACCUCGUAAAGAGUCUUGGCCUCGAGAGUGUGAUACAGGUGGAAGGAGUGGUGCGGCGCCGUCCUGAAAGCCAGGCGAUUCAAAAUACGUCCACGGGAGAAAUAGAGGUACUGGCUGAGCAGAUUACGGUACUGAACAAUGCACAAGGUCUACCAUUUAUUCCGCGCGAGUAUCAAAAAAAGAGCGAGGCUCUUCGAUUACAAUACCGGUUUCUCGACCUUCGUCAUCAACAAAUGCAAUCAAAUCUAAGACAGCGGUCGCAGUUUACACAUGCUGUACGAAGACAUCUCGUUGAAAAGCUUGGCUUCUGUGAGGUAGAGACUCCGACACUCUUCCGUAGUACACCGGGAGGAUCAAAAGAGUUUCCGGUCGCAUGCCACUCGUAUCCCGGCCAGUUUUACUCGCUCACACAAAGUCCCCAGCAGUUCAAGCAGCUGCUAAUGGUCGGAGGUGUCGACAGAUACUUUCAGAUUGCUCGGUGCUAUCGUGACGAAGGCGGCCGGCCUGAUCGACAACCGGAGUUCACCCAAAUCGAUCUCGAAAUGUCUUUCGUGACGAUGCAGGAUGUGAUGAGAGCCGUAGAACAGCUCGUCCGAUCUGUGUGGCCGAGGCCUCUUCCCACUGAAGAUCGCUUUCCAGUCAUUACACAUAGCGACGCCAUGCGCAAGUACGGGACGGACAAGCCAGAUAUUCGGUACGGUUUCGUGCUUGAGGAUGCUGAAACACUCUUCCCUGGGCUUGUAAAACACGGUUUCCCAAGCGUCGCCAAAGAGGACCACGCCGUAAAAAUGAUCCGUUGGCCAGGCGGACAUGGUCAGGUGAAAAAGCAGUUCGUGGAGAAUUGGAGAGAAGCGAGCAAGAAAUUCGGAAGGUGUGCUGUGGUCAGAAUAUCUGUCGAUGAGCAAGGCAUACCCGACUCUCUAGCAAGGAACGCCGCAGAAGCUGAACUAAAAGCUCGAUUAUCGCCUGGUGACUUAAUCGUUGUAGCGUGGGGCGAAAAACUUGCGGUUCAGCGGACUCUUGGGAAAGUACGAACUGAUUUAGCUCAACUUAGUGGGAUAUUCGAGAGUGGUAAACCAGAUUACCAGUUUUUGUGGGUGGUCGACUUUCCGCUGUUCGCCAAAGAGGAUCACGGGACUUUUGUUUCUAACCAUCAUCCAUUUACGGCUCCAGUAACUGAGGACUUACCACUACUUAAUACGGAUCCAGAGAAGGUUCGAGGUCAGCACUUCGACCUCAUCCUCAACGGCUGGGAAAUAGGAGGCGGAUCCAUUCGAAUUCAUGAUUCGGCAAUGCAAACGACUAUUCUGAAGGAUAUUCUUUGCAUUGACACGUUACAGCUGAAGCAUCUACUAGAGGCUUUAGCAAUGGGCGCACCACCUCACGGCGGGUUCGCGAUUGGCUUGGAUCGUUUACUAGCAAUUUUAUGUAGGGCACCAACUAUCCGAGAUGUGAUAGCCUUUCCGAAGACUAGUGAAGGUCGGGACCUAAUGGGAGACACUCCGGCUCCGCUCUCCAUUGAAGAACUGAAGUUCUUUCAUUUACCCUACACAAACAACAGCAGAAACAGAGAUCCGAGUGCAUAAUGGUCUAUAAAAUUAUGCCAACGUUAAAUUCUAGAUCUUCGCUAUAUUGCGUUUACGGAAACUACUGCAAUUUUACUGUUAUGUAAUAUAUCUAUUAAAUGUUAUAUAAAAAUAUAAGAAAAAAAGAAUCAAAAAACUAUGUGUUUUUGGAGUUAUACAAAAAUGGCUAAAAAUAAUCUUUCGGUCCCUUGAACCCUAGAGACUACACUGAAUAGUUAUCGAGUAUGAAUGUAACAGAGCUUCAUGUAAAUCUGUGAGUUUUACCAAAAUUCAUUGAUUUGAUUUUUUAUUAACAUCUCCAGAUUUCUAAAGAUUGCAGUUUAAUGUAAUGUAGUAUGGUUUGUUAAGAACCCAUAACGGUAGUUGCCUAAUAUAAGAACAGAGUCUGCAGUGUUAUACUCAUCAUGUAA